AUGCAGGGACUGACGAUGGCUAGUUUGAAGAAAAACCCAGCGCUGAUCCCGCUGUACGUCUGUAUUGCGCUGGGUUCGGCUGGAGCCGUCUUUUACACCCUCCGUCUGGCGCUGCGCAGCCCCGAAGUCACCUGGAGCCGCAAGAACAACCCGGAGCCAUGGGAGGAGUUCAGAAACAAGCAGCAUAAGUUCUACUCGCCGGUCAGGGACUAUUCCAACAUCAGCAGCCCGGCCCCGAAGUACACCGACUAA